AAUUCUAUGAGCAGAAACACGAGAGAGGUGAGAUUUAACGAGCUCCGGUUUUCGCACAAAACUGCCAAGCAACAAAGAGAGGUUUUUUUAUUCAAGAUCGAAUGAUAGUCUGCUGUGUGCAACGAGGCAAUGCGAACAUCUUAAAGAGAGCGAAAUACAAGAAGAGGAGGAUGAGGAGGCUAUCCGAUAGGAUAUUGCCGAGAAGAUAGAAGUUUCACUGAGAGCUCCCGUGAUGAUCAUGAUCAAGCAUGUCCUACUUUGGCAGACCACACCCACGACCCACCCCCGAUUCACAUCAAGCUUCGAAGAGAGGAGCACAAGUGAGGAGAUACAAGUUGAUCUUAUUGAAGACAUUGCAUGGCAACUUUCAAAACAACUUGUGCUUGAGGAAGAGCAAGGAAGGGUGAUAGAACAAGUUGUGAAGGAGGAAGCAGAGAAUAUAGGAGAGGGAGCUUUUGAUUUAUCCCAAGUGGAGGAUCUUACUAUUGAAGACGAAAGGGUUGUUGAAGGGGCAGUUGAGGUCCAAUGAAAUGAUAAGGUUGAGGUGGUUGAGGCUUCUACAUGUGCAUAGUCAUUCCACAGAUCCCCACCCUACCUUGAUAAGCUACUCAGUUAUGGUUGAUAAGGAAUCUUAGAUUAUUUCUUCUCUAUUUAUUCAUUGUAAUUAGUGGAGUAGUGGCUAGUUUGUUAUCCUCAUUUGUAGCUACGUGUUUACAUGUUCUGUUGUGGAGUUUGGUACUUAAACCACUCUCCUACUCAAUGCAAAACACAACAUUCAAACCAAUUACAUGGUAUCAGAGUUGGUUUCACCAAGUGGUCGUGUGUUCGAAUCUCCACGACCCCCAAUAUUAACAGUUGAUUAAAGCACAAGGUAUGGUGGGCCUGUGGAAACUUCAAGCCAAUGAGUUGGCUUUCGUUUGAGGGAGCGUGUUAGAGUGUGGUAUAAGAUCCAGCAUAACCUUCUCCCAACAACUCGAGUUAUUGGGACCAAUAGGUUUGUGACAAUGGUAUCUUUGCCAAACCAAGGCCACACAAUAAUUGAUCCCUCUUGGUAGAUGCAAAGAUGGUCAAUCUGUGAUGUCUUACAUGGUUUAGGGCAAUGAGAAGAGAGAGAGACAAGAAGGAGAGGUCUCAAGGGUGGACACUUCAUCUGGCUCAAGUACACGAACCUAUCUCACUGGCUGUACCACAUGCAUGCUCGCGACUUGAGACUCCACCUCAUCAACAAGAACCUCAAAUUCAUCGAGGUUUUGGGAGAGACUUAGGAACCACCGUCUGACUCAUGAUGUUAAAUAAGCGCUCGUUGGGAGGUAACCCAACCAGUUUGUUUGCAUCUCUUUCCCUUUGCUCUUUGAUUGAGUCAGUAUAUCUUUUGAUUUUCGAGUUAGUAAAUCAACCUUAGUGAUAGUGUAGUUCCUUGUAAUUACACGCUCACUGUGCUUUCAAGUGCUAUAUGCCAUGACAGUAAGCAACCUAGUGAGGCUAGUGUAGUUCUAUGGAAAAUGUUGGUACAUGAGGGGAUUUGCUUCCAUUUUGACUUAGGUUUGUUGAUAUUGUUUACUAUCGAGGUUAGGAUAUAUGUGUUGGACUCUCCCCAUGUUUGGACUCGAAAUUUAUUUUUUCAAAAAGGUGUUCCAUUUUGAAUAUACUUUGCAUGAAAAAAUGAGUGUUCUCAAGCGAGAAGAAAUCGGUCAUAACGUUUAAACAAAGUCAUCAAAGGGUUUUCUUUUGACCCGAUGCCUUUUGAUAGGGAUUUGGAUAGCCUUCCUCUAACACCUCCCUCUUCAAAUGACUUGCAUGAAAGGAGAUAGUGUGCCUCUAUGCAAGUUAGGAGAACUCGGCUCUGGCUAUUAUCUCACAUGUGUGGCAACUUGUCUGUCAUUGAGGCGAGAAUGCAGGCUUGGAAUUAGUGCUUGAGAGAUCAAGAAUAACGUUAGAACGCUUCACCAUUCUACCCUAUUCCAUCAUUGAAACCAUAACUUUCUCCACACGAGGCUAAGAAAGAGAAGUGAAAGUGACUUUUUCUCUUAGUCAUGAGAUAGAGAGCUUUGUUUUGUAAAACAAAAGGUGUGAUGCCAUGUGCGGCAAUGUUAAGUUGAGGCUUGAAGUGUGAGCCCUUUAAAGUAGGAACACCGCCAUAAAGUCCAUUAUUUUCAAACUGUUUUCUUAGAAUCCUUUAGUGGAUAUAUGAAGUGUCUAGACCUCUUGUCUAGACUUUCGCCAUAAAGUCCAUUAUUCUCAAUCCGAGUUUGCGUGUCACAUUGAGAUGGAGGUGAGACUUCUUGUCUUUAGUUGACCUCAUAAGUUACUAGUUGAUCCACUGCCGGCAAGUGAAAUUGCAAGUUGUUGUGGGAGUCUAGUCAGUUGCACUAGUUUGAGUUAGGUUUGAUUGGGGACAAGUAAACGGUUAAGUGUGGGGAGUUUGAUAACUGCAUAUUUGUACAAGUUUACAACCUCGUUUCUUGAUCAUUUGACUUAUAGUUUAUCAUUCCAAGGCUAUUUUACGCUGGGUUAUACUUCUUUUGUCACAUUUCAUGUCAUAGUACGUGGGUGAAACCUAGGAGGGAGUUUCUGGAAAAAUGGAGGUGAGAUGGCUAUGAUUGGAGGAAGUAGGGAGGAACACGAUCAUGUUCAAACCUGUGUUGGAGAGCACGAUUUCCUCUUUUCAUAGGUAGAAGCAGAGGGAAAAUAGUCAAAGAACAUGGCCAUGCUCCAAACCAUGUCAGUCAAUCAGAAUACUUUGGCCGUAUUUCAGUUCUUUGAGGUCGUGCAACAUGUUAUGAGAGUCCUGUUGAAAAGCACGGCGAAGUCCUGGAAAACACGAAAGUGUUUUAUGGUGCGCAGACACCCCCCCCCCCCUCCCCCCUUUAAGAGUGCAAGGAAACCAAUAAUUUUGGUGAACACGACUGUGUUCCAGGCCAUGUUCGUGCUGCUUUUAUGAUUUAAAAGGGAAGUUGUGAUUCUAGAGCAACAAAGCUGGGUUUUGGACCUCAGACACCCAAGGGACGAACCCUAGAGAUAGAGAGAGAAUUGGGAACAAUUUUUGAGCUAUUUUGGAGGACUUUUUCACCAUUGGAGCUCAGGAAUCAAGCUUGGAGAUGGAUAUGGAAGAUCUAGAUCAUAUUUUUGCAUCUCUCUCUUCACUAUGGAGUUACUUUUGUUCACUUAGGUUUUGAAGAAUCCUAUCUAUGUUGUGCUUGAUUGAAUGAUUGUAAGAGUAAUAUAUCUUGAUAAUUGUGAGUUCAUAUUCAAUCUAUGCUUGAUUUCAUGAUUAAUUUAUGAUUUAGUUGAGAUUAUUGAUUAUGCUUUGAUUCUAUGAUAGGGUAUACCUGAUUAGGUCAAUAGAGCAUCACAGAUUGGAAGUUGGGGGAGUCAAUUCAUUGCUAUGAAUUGAGUGAGAACCUUUGCCAAUAGAGAGAGUCUAGUGUAGAAAUCCUUGAUCAAUUGUUUUAGAGAAGGAAACGUCCCUCUAAGCAACCAACUCAAGAGGGCCUCGAUUAACGGUUAAUGGGAUUUAUACUCCAUUUGGAGUGUAGUACAUUACUUUGGGAGUACUUCUAAUAGACUCACCUAUGUGAAUGUGGGAGUGGGGCUGCUACCUAUGAAACUUUGGAGGCAUAGAGUUGCUAGAGUGUUCACUAGACCAGGAUAAAUGCGCGUGCUAUGAGAGAUAACACUUAAUAGAAAGAUCUGGGCUGCUACACUGUCCGAGAUAGAGUUCCAGACUACAAGUCACUCUUAUGAAAUCAUAAGUGUAACCAUUAUGCUAAGGUUCACAUCGAGAGACACAUUCGCUUAUUCCCAAUUUUAUACAACUGUUGAUGCUCAUAGAUAGUUUCAAAACUAUUCAAGUGGAGGAUUGCUGAAAAUGUGUGAAUAUCUUUGAAGCUAUAAGUCUCAAGUGGAGAAAUACCACAUUGGUGGGAGAAGACUUGCAUAAGGUCUAUAAAGAUUGGGCUCUCUCUCUCUCUCUCUCUCUCUCUCUCUCUCUCUCUCUCUCUCUCUCUCUUAAGAGCAAUGCCCUUGGGGUGGCCCACUUUUGUGGGAGAUGGAGGACCUAAUGGACCACCAUACACUCGUGCACGCGCGCCGUCCGUCCGGUCGGUCGAGCGAGUGGUUUCCCUUGAGACUAAUAAUUUUUGAAGAAUUUUCAAACUUAAUUAUAUUGUAUCCUUAACAAGUACGUUAAGAAGGAUAAUUAACAAAAAAGAUAUACCCGGGAGAUAAUUUGGGUGAUUAUCUUACUUGACACAUUUUAAUUAAGGAGAUAUUUAUCUUCCUAAUUAUACAUUACUGAUUCCCCUCUAAAGAGGAAUAUUCUGGGGGAUCUCGGCUCCUAAAAAAGUUGAUCCCUCAGACCCUCUAGGCUAACCAAUUCAAAUAGCAGAAACACGAGAGCGAGAAAGUGAGAUUCAGAGAGCUCUAAUUAACCGUUUUGGCCGCUCAUCGACCGACCUUUCCAACCAUAGUGGAUUUUGAAGGGUUUCGAACCGGACUGGUGGCUGGGUGUCGAUUUUACCAGUCCGAUUGACCGUCUCGGUUCGGCUUUAAUAGAAUUCACAUCUUUAA